UCCUGCUUUGUUUGAGAGGGAGCGAAUUGGCGGACUGAAUAGGCUAGCUGUGGAGUUUAGAACAUACGAAUGUGGGCUGGGAAGUUAAGAACAUACUAAGAAUGUGCUGGUUUUGAGUGGUUGUGAUUCACUCCCAAAUCAGUGACAACAGACAGGUCAAGUUAGGUUGUUAAAUGACUGUGCAAGUUAGCAUUUGCUGAUUCAAUUUAGCACUUAGCAAGUUCUGGUCACUACAGGAUCCUGUUUUGAAACUGGAUGUAAAGGGUCAAGCAUGGAUAUUGCUGUCGCAGAGGAACCCCUGAGGAAAAUCUUCAGAGCAAAAAAGACUAUGAAAGUCAGUGAUCGACGGCAACUGGAAUCCCUUCACACCACUCUUUCCUCUCCAUGUUCUUUCCCAUCCCCAUCUCAGCCAACAAUGGUAAAUGGGAAGCACUGUGAAGAUGUGUCUAUGGAAGUAGAUAAAGAACUUCAUGGAACUACACAUACCACCACUCAUGCCCCUUCCUCCCUGACAGCCACAUCCCUAACCACUGAGACCUCUGAGGAACCAACAGCCUCUGAAUUACUGGUUUCUUCAUCACAGAACAUACACUCUGAUGUAAAAGAUGUUGAAGGAGAGGGGGACAAGGAGUCUACAUUACCCAGCCUCGAGGUAGAAGAUAAAAUGAAUGGACUGAUAAAGGGGGAUAGAAAUUCCAAGGAGGAUGUUAUCGUUUCCUCUCCUGUGAGUUCAGAGAAAACAGAAGCAGUAAGAGAGAGACAGGUUGAUGGUAUGGAAGUAGACCUGGUACCAGGUACCACUCAGGACACAGUGCCCAUAUUGAACCCUGCUGCCUCCCUCCUGCUGUCCUCCAACACGGCUGUAGAGUCUGUCUCUUCCCCUUCCCUCUCCCCGUCAUACACGGCAGAGUCAGACCAGGAGGUCAGGCCAGGAUUCCUGGUGCUUAGUGAAGAUGAGGAUGUCCAGGAUGAGAGCGAUGAGGAAGAGGAGGAAAAAGAUGCGAAAGAGGAGGAACAGAGGGAAAGUGAAGGAGGGGUAGAAAAAGUUGAGGUUAACAUGGAGAAUCCAGAACAAUUUGAAAGUGGUGCUCCAGUUGACUGUCCGUCCUCUUCAUCACCGACGCCCCUUCAGAUUGAUGAAGAAGAGGAGGGUGCUGCUCUACUGAAGAAACGAUCCUUGUCUGGAGACUCAGAGGAUGGUGGCGAAAAGCAGGGAGAAAGAGAAGACUUGGUAGUGGUGGAGAGGCAUCACAAGAGGCCCAGAGUAGAUUGUGAAGAGCUGGAGGCUCAUGUGGAGCUGAAGAUCAGUGGGAGCGCUGAAAGGCAACACAAGCUAAAGAAGGUGGUGCAGCAGCUUGUUGAGGAGCAGUUGCGUGUUCUGCAGCUCACACUAUUUGACAAGAGUCUUCAGGGGCUCAGAGACAGACUGGACAAAAUAGAAAAACACCCGAGUGCACUCAAGAGCCUGCAGGCAAAGAUUGGCCGACUUUCUAAGAAAGUUGGAACUGCCAACCAGGUCAGGGAGAAUGCCAAGAAUCCUCCAGAGGUACUGUUGCCACCUACCUCUACUUAUGCCACAGCAACCACCCAAGCAGGAUCAGCAAUUCUCGGCCUGAGAACAAUGGGGAACAACACACCAGAUCCAAAGCGUAAUGAUCAGAGCAGUCAAACCCCUACUCCUGUAUGUAAUGAUCAGGGCUGUCAAACCCCUACUCCUGUAUGUAAUGAUCAGGGCUGUCAAACCCCUACUCCUGUACCCACAGCCCCCUUGCUACCUUCCCACCCUUCCACAGCCUCAGCCGGAUCUCAACCCACAUCCCAAACCUUGAUGCUGAGCACCUGUGUUACCCCAACACCAGGCCCGUCCGCCUUCCCUCUCCAGUCAUUCCUCAUACAGCUGCCUGGUGGAGGGACAGCCAUCCUUACCAACCCAACCAACUCACAGCUAAUCCCAGUGUGCGCACUUCCCGCCAUGACGAGUUCCACCGUGACACCCACCACUGCCUUCCUCCUGCAGAGGACUACUCCUUACACCCCUGCUGCUCCCAAGCCCCCCUCUGCUUCUGCCCUCUUAUCUCAUUUCGCUGCCACACCCACACCCACAACCACGACUACACCCACUGACUCACCAGCUGCCACAACGUCCCACAUAACCACACCCAUAACCAUGCCCAGGGCCACAACCAUAACCACAACAACACCCUGGGCCAUACCUAUGGCCACACAUGCAACCACACCCUGGGCCACAACCAUAACCACACCCAGGGCCACAACCAUAACCACAACCACACCCUGGGCCAUACCCAGGGCCACACAUGCAACCACACCCAGGGCCACAACCAUAACCACACCCAGGGCCACAACCAUAACCACACCCAGGGCCACAACCUUAACCACACCCACACGCAGGGCCACAACCAUAACCACACUCUGUGCCACACCCAAUGUCACCUACCCUGGAGCCACUGGGACAGUCAGCAGGCCCAGCUCCGGUGUGUCUGUCUCCGUCUGUGAGUCCAUUCGGCUUGUGUCUGUGGCGAACUCCACUUUAUCCUUACCAAGAUUCUCAAUGCCAGCCACCACAUGCACUCAACCCAAUGUGCGACCAGCUACCUUUUUGCAUCCAGCUGCCCCAGCACAACUAGCUGCCCCAACACAACUAGCUGCCCCUGUACCACAGGUGCCUGCGAAAACAGGUAGUGAAUCUACAAACCCUCCUUCAGACUCCACACAGGCAUCUCACCCUGCCAAAUCAGAAGCAUUCAUAGACCUGACAGAGGAGGAGGAUGAUGAUGAUGUUCUAGUUACUGGAGUGCUGAAGGCUCCGAUGGCUUUGAAGGCCUCACCCUCGCCUUCAACAGCGGGUCAGCGAACAACAGCCACACAGCAAACCGCCACCUCCACUUCAGUCGGAACACAGGCCGUGAGGUCAUCUCUUGGUCAGACUUCAGCUGUUGGAUCUCCGCAGGCUGUUUAUCAGCGCCCCCUGCAGGGCUCCACAUCUGAAAGUGUUGCCUCAGCAACAACCACUUCUUCAUCUUCCACACCUUGCCCCCAGCCCUCUCCCCUUCCCCCCUUGCCUGUCCCACCUCAAACGAUCAGCCUGCCCCUCGAAGCGGCCAGCACCAGACCUCCACAGCAGCCUCUGCUCAAAAUAACCCGGGUUCCAAGCCAGAAUGACGGCAUCGUGCUCUCCUGGUCUGUGACUGAAGUAGACAGGAGCUGUGCUGCCGUGGACAGCUACCACCUAUACGCCUACCACCAGGACCACUCUGGCCCCGGCACACCCCUCCUACUCUGGAAGAAGAUAGGGGAGGUGAAGGCCUUGGCUUUGCCCAUGGCCUGUACACUCACACAGUUUGUCACUGGCUCCAAGUACUACUUUGCAGUCCGUGCCAGGGACGUGUAUGGCCGCUUUGGACCAUUCUGUGAGCUUCAGUGCACUGACGUCUUAACGUCCCCUUCACUGAAAGCUCCAAUUUAACCAAAUGUUAAGAUUUAAGUUAACUUGACACAAUAAAUUGUAUAUAUUAAAACAAGAGGAGAAAUGUUGAUACUGUAGAUUUUUUUUUUUCUGGUAACCAAGCUAGCCAAAGUGAAAAGUUCAGUAAAGCUUCUGGCAUAACUAAUUGCUCUAUUUUCAAGUGAAUGUGUUUGGUAUUUGUUUUAUCAGAAUUGUGCACUCAAAUCUUAUUUGAGCCCAGGUGUUUACAAGAGUGACUUAUUAUUGGAAUGUUACUGGAAAAUGUUGUUGCCCAUCUUGGUGAAAUCGGUUGGCCGUGUGUUUGACCACAUGGGAGCAGCAUUGUACCAAAAUGGUAUCUUUGACACAGGAGGAGAGGAUUUGAAAAUCAAACCUGAAAUGGCCUGGUCCCGUUUCUGAUUAUGGACAAAGUAUUAUUCUCUUAGUUUCCUGAAGGUAUUUGAAAACUCAAACUUUUCAUUGCAAUUGUCAGUUUAACUGAAAUAACAGACUAUGAAUGACCAUGUUAUUAUAUGGUAAUACACAGUAGUUUUGCGUCUCAUGAGAAAUGAACCUGCCAAAGCCUAUGCGAUCUCUCUUUUCCUCCUGCUCAAUUUCUGCCACUGUGAAGGACAUGUUCUACAAUUAAAUGAUACAUGAUCUAGGGCCUCCUGUGUAUGUGCACGUCCUGUGCCAAUUUCUUUUUUUUAUGGGUGUAAUUUAAUGUUUUCUUUUUUAAUUUGGCAUGAACAGAACUAGUCAUGUUUUCAUAUUGUCAAACAAAUAACUAAAGUAGGCUACCUGCGUGUGUUCGUCUAGUCCAAAAUCAUUCCAGCAUCCUAACAUUGAUGAAUGGAAAGAGACAUCCGUUACGAAACACCAGAAAUUGUAAUGACAUUCUGCGAUUUUCAUUAGGUCGACACUCUUGUAGCCUGAAUUAAUUGAUGCGUCUUUGACAAAAGGACCUUUUUUGUAGAAAGAAAAGUUGGGAUGCCUGAAAAGGGGCUGAGAGAUGGGACUGUCCCGGGAUGACAAGUGCAGCCACAUGGAUAUAUAUCCAAUAACCGGUGGGGAUGUUCGUUUCAUUUGGAACACACUUUUAUUUUAAUAUUUACCUCUGUUGCAGUACAAAUUGCAUUUUAAAGAAAUAGUAUAAUUGUUCAAUUAGUAUUAUUUAGAGACCCCGCCCCCCCACCACAAAGUUUGAUUUUUAUUGCAUUUAGAGGGACUCAUUCAGGGGUCCCCCCUGGGCCCCAUGUAAUUCACACACUGUCUGCUGAUCGCUUUGUCUGAUAGGGACAUGUAAAGUCUUAAUGGCUGGUUAGAAACAUGUAAAUAAAUGCAUUGGACUUGACAACAGAUUGACCGAAAGGUUAAGUACCAAGAAAUAUUCAGACUUGUAAUUGUUCAUUAAAAUGUUUGUAAAUUAUA